ACCGUCAUCUGAGAGAGAUUAUGGAAAGGGAGGAGGAGUCAGUGAUACUGAAAAUGGCACCACCAAGGCUUGAAGACGCAGGGCUCGAGGACUGCGCCCUCUCUCUUGAAUCCAUCAAGCUCGCCUUCGCGAAAGCAGCUGAUUCACUCAAAUCACAGGCCAUUGAUCCUUCUGAUGAUGGACAAGAUGUUCCUGAUUCUCUUCAGGAUGUCCCUCUUGACGAAGAAGAAGGAAACCCUAACCCUAAGUCAUGUGGCAAUAGGAUCCCCAUUGUCCCUGAACAAGAUUCAGGUCAUGAUUCACUAUUGAUAGGAAGUAAUACUGUUGAGGUCGAAGAUGGUGAUGAUUUGUUAGAGCCUGGUCUACCUGGUUCUGAGGAGGGAAGGGCUUGUGUUGAGGGGCUUCAAGGGCUGGACAUCAGAGAGAGAGAGAGAGAGGAAGAUCAAGAAGAAGAAGAAGAAAAGGUUCCUGCGUUGGUAGCGGCUUGUAUCAAGUGUAGUCCGACGGAAUGAGGGUGAGAGCCUGCAGAGGAGAGAGGAAGUGAGGUCCAUUCAGCUAUCGAUUUCCCAGCUUAUAAGCAGCAAGAGAUUGAUAAGCUCAUAAUUGUUACUGUUUCUCAAAAAAAGAGAUUGAUAAGAUCUCAUGUAUUAAUAUGGAAACAAUAGUUCCGAUAUGUCGAAGAAGAAGAAAAUCAGUCUCAUGUAUUAAGGGUGUGGUUUGCAUAA